AUGUUUGUUCAUGGUAGUAUUUUGCGAUAUGCGUGUCUUUUCCUGUUUUUUCAUUUUAUUAGUGAACAGCUUACUAGCUGGCGCCAGCGAAUCGUUGGAGGCACAGUGGGCUCAAAAAUUACAGGAGGCUGCUCAGAGCCUUUAAAAACCCGAUUUUCAUGGCCCACAAUUGCCAGCUUCGUUUUCAGGCAACUCUGCGCGGCUGUCCAGCUAUUUCCCGUUUUUGGACCACGUUGACGUCUUUCAUGGUACCAGGCGGCAGGAGAAGUUGCUGGAGUGUCAAUGCUCCACGAAUCAGGCACUGACACCACACCGACGUACGGCUCGUAGCUCAGCUUCCAAUGCUGGCCAAAUCUCUCUGAUCCAUCGACACGUCGCGUCGAAUUUCGAUCCCCAGAUCGCGGCCAGACUCCGCACAUAUAGGCUACUACAAGGUGUGUUUGGAUAAUCGCAUCGACAUCGAGUAAUCUGCGGGCAAUCGUUCCGGCAUCUACAGGUACACCUUUCCUGUGAGCCGUUCGCUGCAUUAGAAAGGCAGAGGAAAGCUGGUCUUUCCUAUUAUAAUGGUCAACGUAAGUCACCACCUCCAGUCAUUCCAGAAGCCGUGGCUGUCUCAAAAGUUCCAAGGCGGCUUUAUCCAGGUGUCAAAAGACUUGAAAGCUCACCACGGCCAGGCCCACUUCACACAUGGAACCAGUAAGACCAAGACUUGGAAAAUCAACUUCUAUGGUAUGUUCGACAAGCCGGCGAGAAAGGUGCGUGCGUUCAAAGACGCAAAAUCUCAUAACAUGUUCAGGUAUAACAUGGCUGAUGACUCAAGUCGCAAUAUGGGUAUUCUUUUUGAAUUUGAGGCUGGAACUAGGACUCUGCAUUCGCACGUUGGCGUCAGUUUCAAUGACGUAUCGACUGCCUUGGACAACAUCCGAGGCAACGUCCCGAAAGAACAUCUUUUUGACUUGGAUUGGAGUAUCGAAAACACAGUAAGUGCUUGGAACGACGAAGUGUUCUCCAAGAUAUCGCUGGACGUGUCAGAGGAGGAUCCCGUCGUCGUUCAGAAGUUUUACAAUUCUCUGUAUGGCGCACAUUUGAUGCCUGUAGAUAAAUCUGGCUCAGAGGCACCAUGGUAGCCAAGAAUCAUACUAUAACGAUUGGCCGUUGUUGUGGAAAGCAUUUCGUUGUUUGAUGCCCAUGUUUACCAUUUCGAACCGUCCUAGAUCCGCUGAAAUGGUCAGAAGCUUGAUUGACACUUGGAGACAUGAAGGAUACUUGUCAGAAGGACGGACGGCUGGACUGAAUGCCAAAAUAAUUGGUGGCAGCAGCAGUGACAUUGUGCUUGCCGAUGCAUUUGCCAAGGGCAUUACAGAUCUUAUCAAUUGGAAAGAUGGGCUGAGGGCCAUGCAAUCGAAUGCGGAACUGUCAUCGAGCGAUAAAUCGGGAGCGACGGAAAGAAGAGGUCGUCUUGCACUUUCUGAAUGGUUGGAGUUAGGAUAUGUCACACGGAAAUUUUCUCGGUCCUUGACAAGAACCAUGGACUACGCAUACAACGACUUUGCACUUUCAGUAGUAGCCAAGGGCCUAGGUUUAGUCAAAUCAAGUAGAAAAUACUAAAGACGGUCCUCGGGCUGGCAGAAGAUCUGGAACACAAACGCAGGUACUCCGGAACUAAGCUACCACGGCUUCAUCCAGCUUAAAAAUCACGACGGUGAUUUCUGUACCAAACGGUACGACCCACUUUCUUGUUUUUGAUGCUAUUGGCGAGACGACGCAUAUAUGGGGAAGCCAAUAGAGUAUGGAUUGAUGGUUCCUUACGACAUGAAAACGCUGCGAGCAUCAAUCGGAUUUGAGGAUCAUUUUUCAAAGAGACUGGACGACAUGUUUGGUCUCUAUGGAAGUAAAAUCGCGGACGGCCUAAGUGAACCCAGUUUCAUGACGCCGCACCUGUACAACUUAGUUAAUAAACAAUUCAGGACCUCCGAGACCGUGGACUACCUCGUUGAGCAGAGGUUCGAGCUUGGCCCCAAGGGUUUGCCGCGGAGCUCAGGAUCAGGCUCGAUCCAGGCGUGGUUGUGGUUUGCAAUUUCGGGCCUUUAUCCAAUCGCUGGGACAGACAUAUACCUGACAACCAGUCCCAAGCUGUUCAAUCUCGAGAUUGCACUUGAGGAUUCUGCCAAAGCCGUGAUUUUAGCUCAUGGUCUAUAUUGUGAAGUUACUGGUUUCAAACGCUCCGCAUCCACCAGAAACAAAUACAUCAAAUGCGUGAAGCUCAAUGGCAAGCCCAUUGAACGCAAUUGGUUCACCCACGAAGAGUUAUUCGGAUACCAGGGUGGCUUACUCGAGUUUAAAAUGACAGACGCUCCGGUGCACUGGGAUGAAAAGGGCAAAUUACCACCUAGUCCGGGGCAUUUUGAUCGUAAAGACGUC